AAUGCAAGAAGACAAAAGCCGAGGAGGCACGACAUGUCGCAGCUUCUUGUUGCAGACUGGAGCGCGGCCGGCGGAGGAGCCUUGAAUUUGCGGAAGUGGCGGCGCGGGUGGGGCUCAGUCAGCGCCGAACGGCAGCUCGAAUGUUGAGAUGCGCUCCAGGAAGCCCCCGACACACAGCUUCGCGGCGGCGAUUUGCCUUUAUUAGCCGUGCAUGUAUUUUAUUGAUGUUGCGGAGCUAAUGGGGGGCAGCAUAAGAGAACAGAUUCAUGUCUCUAAUUAAAAGGAGAUCCGUGUCAGCUAUGCUGAAGACGCGAUUGAAAUAGUUUUUUUUUUCUUUUAAGCCAAGGAGGAGAGAAGCUUUUCGAGAGGAUUAUCGAGCAUUAUUACACGCUAUCCUAACAGAAAAAUAAUGAAUGACGGCGCGCAAGAAAUGUCUCCCGACUUCGUUUUGAUGCGCUUGGUUGCCGCCGCCGAAGACGAUCAGUUGGAUCAGGAGAAUGGGAACCUGCCUCGCAGUAACGUCGGCACCGGAUUCAGCCCAGCUGGGCUGCCUCACCAUCAUCAUCAUCACCACCACCACAUUCAUCAUCACCAGUACCACCACCACCACUUUCUGCUCAAAGGCGGAUUUGAACUUGACUUUAGCGGCGCUGUCAACGCGAUCCCUCAGCAACAGAGGCAAGGCCCGGGCUGCCGGCCCGUGACACCUGCCGUGGGGCCGAUGCAGAUCCCAUCUUGUUCACCACCUCUUCCUCUGCCACCGCCACCGCCUCCACCUCCACCGCCGCUGCCACCGGCUCCACUGAGCAGCGGGAUGUCCGAUUUUACUCACCGGCCGAUAAGUGCCGGUCGUCCACAGCUUAUGGUAUUUCGGAACUUGCUGCGCACGGGGGAAGGGAACGGCGACGACGGGCCCGAAGAACACGGCUAUUCACCGGACAGGCCAGCUGUGCCAGGGGCCACCGCUGCAUGCAGUGGAGGAAUGCUGCCGCCACGACCACCAAAACCCCUGUCUCCGAGAUGGCACCUGCACCCACGGGUAAAGCUGACUAGUUCCGGUCCUACGGAGGUCUCCGUGCCCACAGAUUUAUGCCCGCGGCACAGACUAGCCACUGAGCACAGCGACAUCUGCUCCGGGGAUCCCGUCCUCGACCUGGUCACAAAAUUCGGCGAGUUCGGGGUAGAGCAGGCAUCCAAGAUGCUGCUGCAGGCAGGCAGCCUUUCACAUUGCCUCUGUCACGAGCUCUUGGCCCCGGCGAACAUGACAGUCGGGCCCGGGGAGGAUCCAACGGAGACCAGCGAUGCCUUGCUAGUGUUGGAGGGACUGGAAUCCGGUGAUGAUUUGACCAGUGGAAACGACAGCGACCGGGUAGAGGAAUCACCAGGAGCCGGUAUGGCCGGCUUAACCGGACUGGUGUUGCGUCGAGCCGGGGAGAGCUGUUGCCCUGGCUACCGAGAUCCGGCAGUAAUUCAGCAGCGACCCGGGAGCUUGGUGAGCCCUGCCAUCUCCGGGGCGUCCUCCCCAAAUGGCUCCACACUAGAACUCCCGAUGCCCCAGCAGGAGCUCAACCAGAAAUGCCGCGUGGGCCGCUGCGCCAGCUCCCCUCUCGCUGCGGCUACCGGUGGAAUGGAGCAGGACAGGAGCCCGAGGGUGCCGGCCAAAUCUAGGAAAGGCUCCCUCAAGAUCCGCCUGAGUAAACUGUUUAGAACCAAAUCGUGCAGUGGCGGAGCUACCGAGCCGCAGGACAAGCGGCACUCCGUGGAGCUGGUGUCCGUGAGGAGCCUGGGGGACGUGUCGGAUUCGGCCGGCGGGGACCCGGAGGCGGACAGGAAACCCAGGCUGACCCGAACACAAAGUGCCUUCUCUCCAGCCUCCUUCAGCCCUGUUUUCACAGGUGAAACAGUAUCUCUGGUGGAUGUGGACAUCUCCCGACGGGGUCUGAAUUCAACUCAUCCGCCGACUCCACCUCCCCCUCCUCGACGCAGCCUCAGCUUGCUAGAUGAUAUAAGCAGGCCGCAGCCUGGGCCAUUCCUAGACGGCCCUAUGGGGGCCUCCUUCCAGUCUCUCCCUCUGCCUCCUUCUUCUUCCCAUGUUACCCUGCAGCAUAGCAUCAGCCUCAAUGAUACGUUUCUCCGGGUCCUUCCUAUUCCUUCCUCGUUGCAGAGCGAUGUCCAUUCCUCAAGUGUCCAGUCUCUACCACCACAGGCCCUUCACUGUCCUAUAAGCAGGUCUGUGUCUAGUAGCUUUGCUGCUAGCCUGAGAGAGCUGGAAAAGUGCGGCUGGUACUGGGGUCCCAUGACAUGGGAGGAUGCAGAAGUCAAGCUCAAAGGAAAGCCAGACGGCUCAUUUCUUGUCAGAGAUAGCUCAGAUCCCCGUUACAUCUUGAGCUUGAGCUUCCGCUCUCAAAGCAUUACGCACCACACACGUAUGGAGCACUACAGAGGGACCUUCAGCCUCUGGUGCCACCCGAAGUUUGAGGACCGCUGUCAGUCUGUGGUGGAGUUCAUUGAGCGGGCCAUCAUGCACUCCAAAAAUGGCAAGUUCCUCUACUUUCUGCGCUCCAGGGUGCCUGGUCUUCCUCCUACUCCAGUGCAACUCCUCUAUCCUGUUUCCCGGUUCAGCAAUGUCCGUUCUCUGCAGCACCUUUGUCGCUUCCUUAUCCGCCAACUGGUGCGAAUUGACCACCUGCCACAGCUGCCACUGCCUAAGCCACUGCUCACUUACUUGCGUAAGUUCUACUACUAUGACCCCGAGGAGGAGAUCACCCUGUCCCUAAAGGAGGCCCAGGCCGCUUUGAGCCCAGAAUCAGACGCAGAACCUCAAACGUAGUGGUACCUGACCCAUGCAGGUAGAAGACUUGCUGCCUCUUGUGAAGGGACCACAGCAGACCCAACAUGCGGGGAAGCUAACGGGCGACGGCAGUUGCCUCUUGUGGACAGCAUCUGCGACCGACCCUGUGACCCGUGGUGCUGAAACUGGCAAGCGCACCUUAUGCCGUUUUUUUUUUGUUCAAUGUUAUAACAAGGAUUGAGCGAAAGCCCAGUCCAGCCCUCUCCUUACCCCUUAUCCUUGAAGCAUAUGCACUGGAAAUGGGUUUUCCUAAAACAACCCCAUCCCCGUUUGUUUUUUAUUCAAGAUAAUAAUAA